UCCUUCCCUCUCCCCCCUCCCACGCGAGCCUCCUUGUGAGCCUGGCCCCUCUAGGCCGGUGGCCGACGUUCGGCGUGCGUGCUGGCGCCUGACUUCACUUCCGGCUAACGCGCUCCGCUUGCCCCCUGCCCCCGGAUGGUGACUGGCGGUGGUGCUGCACCUCCCGGGACUGUCACUGAGCCGCUUCCCAGUGUGAUUGUGCUAAGCGCAGGCCGGAAGAUGGCGGCUGCGGCUGCGGCUGCGGCGGCCUCGGCCCCGGGCUGCUCUUCGGCGUCGGGGGCGGGAGCGGCCGGGGUCUCGGAGUGGCUGGUGUUGCGGGACGGCUGCAUGCGCUGCGACGCCGACGGGUUGCACAGCCUCUCCUACCACCCGGCGCUCAACGCCAUCCUGGCCGUCACCAGUCGCGGGACCAUCAAAGUCAUCGACGGCACCUCGGGGGCCACCUUGCAGGCCUCGGCGCUCAGCGCAAAACCAGGUGGACAGGUGAAAUGUCAAUAUAUUUCUGCUGUGGAUAAAGUUAUAUUUGUGGAUGAUUAUGCAGUAGGAUGUAGAAAGGAUCUUAAUGGAAUCUUAUUGUUAGACACUGCUCUGCAAACUCCAGUAUCAAAGCAGGAUGACGUGGUUCAGCUUGAACUACCUGUUACAGAGGCACAGCAGCUUUUAUCUGCAUGUUUAGAAAAGGUAGAUAUUUCUAGUACAGAAGGUUAUGAUUUGUUCAUCACACAGCUGAAAGAUGGUUUAAAAAAUACAUCUCAUGAGACCGCAGCAAACCACAAAGUUGCUAAGUGGGCCACAGUUACAUUUCAUCUUCCCCAUCAUGUGUUGAAGUCCAUUGCCAGUGCCAUUGUAAAUGAACUCAAGAAAAUCAAUCAAAAUGUUGCUGCCUUACCUGUGGCAUCCUCAGUGAUGGACAGAUUGUCUUACCUCUUACCUAGUGCACGUCCAGAACUUGGAGUGGGUCCAGGCCGUUCUGUAGACAGAUCAUUGAUGUAUAGUGAAGCUAACAGACGGGAAACCUUUACCUCAUGGCCUCAUGUAGGCUAUAGGUGGGCACAACCAGAUCCCAUGGCUCAAGCUGGAUUUUAUCAUCAGCCAGCAUCAUCAGGAGAUGAUAGAGCCAUGUGUUUUACGUGUAGUGUAUGUCUUGUUUGUUGGGAACCUACUGAUGAACCUUGGUCUGAACAUGAGAGACAUUCCCCAAACUGUCCAUUUGUGAAAGGCGAGCACACACAGAAUGUUCCAUUGUCAGUGACUCUUGCAACAAGUCCCGCACAGUUUCCUUGUACAGAUGGGACUGACAGAAUAUCCUGUUUUGGGUCAGGGAGUUGUCCUCAUUUUCUAGCUGCUGCAACUAAAAGAGGAAAAAUCUGCAUAUGGGAUGUUUCAAAGCUAAUGAAGGUGCACUUAAAGUUUGAAAUUAAUGCAUAUGAUCCAGUAAUUGUACAACAGCUUCUCCUUUCUGGAGAACCAAACUCAGGAGCUGAUUCAAGGAGACCAACUUUGGCAUGGCUGGAAGACUCCUCUAGUUGUUCAGAUAUACCAAAAUUGGAAGGAGAUAGUGAUGACUUACUGGAAGAUUCAGACAGUGAAGAGCAUUCCAGAUCAGAUUCUGUGACAGGGCAUACAUCACAAAAGGAAGCCAUGGAAGUGAACCUUGAUAUAACAGCGCUCAGCAUUCUCCAGCAGCCAGAAAAACUUCAGUGGGAAAUUGUUGCAAAUGUCCUUGAAGAUACUGUUAAGGAUCUUGAAGAACUUGGGGCAAAUCCUUGCUUAACAAACUGUAAGAGUGAAAAGACUAAGGAAAAACACCAGGAACAACACAACAUUCCCUUUCCAUGUUUAUUAGCUGGAGGUUUAUUAACAUAUAAGUCUCCUGCUACCUCUCCCAUUAGUAGUAAUUCUCAUAGGUCACUGGAUGGUUUAAGCAGAACUCAGGGGGAAAAUAUAUCUGAACAGGGGUCAACUGACAAUGAAUCUUGUACAAAUUCAGAACUAAAUUCUCCCUUGGUAAGGAGGACUUUACCCAUUUUGCUGCUUUACAGCAUUAAGGAAUCUGAUGAGAAAGCCGGAAAAAUCUUUUCACAGAUGAACAAUAUUAUGAGUAAAAGUUUGCACGAUGAUGGCUUUACAGUGCCACAGAUUAUUGAAAUGGAGCUGGAUAAUCAGGAGCAAUUGUUGUUGCAGGAUCCUCCUGUGACUUAUAUUCAGCAGUUUGCAGAUGCAGCAGCCAAUCUUACCUCUCCAGAUUCUGACAAGUGGAACUCUGUGUUUCCCAAGCCUGGGACUCUGGUUCAGUGCUUGAGGCUGCCAAAGUUUGCAGAGGAGGAGAAUCUUUGUGUAGACUCAAUAACUCCUUGUGCUGAUGGAAUUCAUUUGUUGGUAGGACUGCGGACAUGCCCUGUUGAAUCCAUGAGUGCAAUAAAUCAAGUAGAGGCCUUGAAUAAUUUAAAUAAAUUAAACUCUGCUCUGUGUAACAGACGGAAAGGUGAGCUAGAAUCAAAUCUUGCCGUAGUGAAUGGUGCAAAUAUUAGUGUAAUCCAACAUGAAUCACCAGCAGAUGUACAAACUCCUUUAAUAAUUCAGCCUGAGCAAAGGAAUAUUAGUGGUGGAUAUUUAGUACUUUAUAAAAUGAAUUAUGCCACUCGGAUAGUUACUUUAGAAGAAGAGCCAAUAAAAAUCCAACAUAUCAAAGAUCCCCAGGACACAAUUACCUCGCUCAUAUUGCUUCCACCAGAUAUAUUGGAUAAUCGAGAGGAAGACUGUGAGGAACCUGUUGAUGAAAUGCAGUUAACCUCAAAGAAUGGCAUUGAGAGAGAAAAAAAAUCUGAUAUUUCUACUCUUGGACACUUGGUAAUAACCACUCAGGGAGGAUAUGUAAAAAUAUUAGAUCUUUCAAACUUUGACGUUUUGGCCAAAGUGGAACCUCCCAAAAAGGAGGGCACUGAAGAACAGGACACUUUUGUUUCUGUCAUUUAUUGCUCCGGCACAGACAGGCUGUGUGCAUGCACCAAAGGUGGGGAGCUUCAUUUUCUCCAAAUUGGAGGAACUUGUGAUGAUAUUGAUGAAGCUGAUAUACUUGUGGAUGGAUCUCUUUCUAAAGGAAUAGAACCCUCUUCAGAAGGUUCCAAACCUUUAUCAAAUCCUUCAAGUCCUGGUAUUUCAGGAGUUGACCUGUUGGUGGACCAGCCAUUCACCCUUGAAAUCUUGACGUCUUUAGUGGAGCUAACACGCUUUGAGACGUUGACUCCACGAUUUUCAGCUACUGUUCCUCCGUGCUGGGUAGAAGUUCAACAAGAACAGCAACAAAGGAGGCAUCCACAGCAUUUACAUCAGCAACACCAUGGAGAUGCUGCACAGCACACAAGAACUUGGAAACUACAGACUGACAGCAACAGCUGGGAUGAGCAUGUAUUUGAAUUAGUUCUGCCAAAAGCUUGUAUGGUUGGACAUGUAGACUUCAAAUUUGUUUUGAACUCAAACAUCACCAAUAUUCCACAGAUUCAAGUGACACUUCUGAAAAAUAAAGCUCCAGGCUUAGGGAAAGUCAAUGCUCUUAACAUUGAAGUGGAACAAAAUGGCAAACCGUCCCUGGUUGAUUUGAGUGAAGAAAUUCAGCACAUGGAUGUAGAGGAAUCACAGUGUCUUAGAUUAUGUCCAUUCUUAGAAGAUCAUAAAGAAGAUAUCCUAUGUGGGCCAGUCUGGCUUGCUAGUGGUCUUGAUCUGUCAGGACAUGCGGGGAUGUUGACCUUAACAAGCCCUAAACUAGUUAAAGGUAUGGCAGGAGGAAAAUACCGUUCAUUUUUAAUCCAUGUCAAGGCCGUGAAUGAAAGAGGAGCAGAUGAGAUAUGUAAUGGUGGUAUACGUCCUGUAGUAAGACUUCCAUCCCUAAAACAUCAAAGUAACAAGGGAUACUCACUUGCUUCACUCUUGGCAAAAGUUGCAGCAGGCAAGGAAAAAUCAUCUAAUGUUAAGAAUGAAAAUGCAGCCAGCACCCGUAAAUCUGAAAACCUGCGGGGCUGUGACUUACUUCAAGAAGUCUCAGUCACCAUUCGAAGAUUUAAGAAAACGUCAAUUUCUAAAGAAAGAGUACAACGAUGUGCCAUGUUACAGUUUUCAGAAUUUCAUGAGAAACUUCUUAGCACCCUCUGCAGAAAAACAGAUGAUAGCCAAAUCACAGAGCAUUCUCAGAGCCUUGUGUUGGAUACCCUCUGUUGGUUAGCUGGAGUACAUUCCAAUGGACCAGGAAGCUCGAAGGAGGGUAAUGAAAGCCUCCUUUCAAAAACAAGGAAAUGUCUUUCAGACAUUGUACGCGUUUGCUUCUUUGAAGCAGGACGAAGCAUAGCUCACAAGUGUGCCAGAUUUCUAGCUUUGUGUAUUAGUAAUGGCAAGUGUGACCCAUGUCAACCAGGAUUUGGAUCUGUUCUUUUGAAGGCCUUACUUGAUAAUAUGUCAUUUCUACCUGCAGCAGCAACUGGUGGUUCUGUGUAUUGGUACUUUGUCCUCCUGAAUUAUGUUAAGGAUGAAGAUUUGGCUGGCUGCAGUACAGCUUGUGCAUCUUUGCUUACUGCUGUGUCCAGACAGCUACAGGACAGGCUGACACCAAUGGAAGCUUUACUUCAGACAAGAUAUGGAUUAUAUAGUUCACCAUUUGAUCCAGUUCUCUUUGAUUUGGAAAUGAGUGGCUCUUCUUGUAAAAAUGUAUACAACAGCAGUAUUGGUGUCCAGUCAGACGAAAUUGAUUUAUCAGAUGUCCUUUCAGGUAAUGGGAAGGUCAGUAGUUGUACAGCUGCUGAAGGUAGUUUUACAUCUCUCACUGGACUUCUAGAAGUUGAACCCCUACACUUUACUUGUGUGUCAACUAGUGAUGGAACCAGAAUAGAAAGGGAUGAUGCAAUGAGUUCCUUCGGGGUUACUCCUGCAGUAGGUGGACUAUCAUCUGGGACAGUUGGGGAAGCCUCGACAGCCCUGAGUUCAGCAGCCCAGGUAGCUUUGCAGUCUCUCUCUCAUGCAAUGGCUUCAGCCGAGCAACAGCUGCAGGUGCUGCAAGAGAAACAGCAGCAGCUUUUGAAGCUUCAGCAACAGAAAGCAAAGCUGGAAGCCAAGUUGCAUCAGACAACAGCUGCAGCAGCUGCAGUAGCAUCAGCCGCAUCGGCAGCAUCAGCAGUAGCGCCUGUUCACAAUUCUGUGCCUUCCAACCCAGUGGCAGCCCCUGGAUUCUUCAUUCAUCCAUCUGAUGUUAUCCCACCCACUCCAAAAACAACACCACUUUUUAUGACUCCACCACUCACUCCACCCAAUGAAGCAGUGUCUGUUGUGAUUAAUGCAGAACUUGCACAGCUUUUUCCAGGUUCAGUCAUUGAUCCCCCGACAGUCAAUCUUGCAGCACAUAACAAAAAUUCCAACAAGUCAAGAAUGAAUCAACUUGGCUCUGGGCUAGCCCUUGCAAUUUCUCAUGCUUCACAUUUCCUCCAGCCUCCACCUCACCAGUCCAUUAUUAUAGAAAGAAUGCAUUCAGGAGCAAGGAGAUUUGUGACUUUGGAUUUUGGCAGACCAAUACUGUUGACUGAUGUAUUGAUUCCCACUUGUGGAGACUUGGCCUCUUUGUCAAUUGACAUUUGGACAUUAGGAGAAGAGGUGGAUGGAAGGAGAUUAGUAGUAGCAACUGAUAUAAGUACCCAUUCGCUGAUUCUUCAUGACUUAAUUCCACCACCUGUGUGCAGAUUCAUGAAGAUCACCGUCAUUGGACGUUAUGGAAGUACAAAUGCAAGAGCCAAGAUCCCACUUGGUUUUUAUUAUGGUCAUACCUAUAUCUUGCCAUGGGAGAGUGAACUGAAAUUAAUGCAUGAUCCUUUGAGGGGAGAAGGAGAGUCCGCCAACCAACCGGAAAUUGACCAGCAUUUAGCAAUGAUGGUUGCUCUACAAGAGGAUAUACAGUGCAGAUAUAAUUUAGCUUGUCAUCGUCUGGAAAGUCUCCUGCAAAGUAUUGAUCUUCCUCCACUCAAUAGUGCUAACAAUGCACAGUACUUUUUGCGGAAGCCAGAUAAGGCAGUUGAAGAAGACAGUAGAGUGUUUUCUGCCUAUCAGGAUUGCAUUCAGCUUCAGCUUCAAUUAAAUUUGGCUCAUAAUGCUGUACAGAGGCUCAGAGUAGCUCUAGGUGCAAGCCGGAAGAUGUUGAAUGAAACAUCAGAUUCUAAAGACCUAAUUCAGACAUCUUCUACAGAGCAGUUACGUACUAUCAUCAGAUAUUUAUUGGACACUUUGCUCAGCCUUCUUCACUCUUCCAAUGGACACUCUGUUCCUGCAGUUUUGCAGAGCACAUUUCAUGCCCAGGCCUGCGAAGAACUCUUUAAACACUUGUGCAUCAGUGGAACCCCAAAGAUAAGAUUGCAUACUGGUCUUCUGCUGGUUCAACUCUGUGGUGGUGAAAGAUGGUGGGGUCAGUUUCUUUCCAAUGUUCUUCAGGAAUUGUACAAUUCAGAACAGCUUCUCAUCUUUCCACAGGAUAGAGUCUUCAUGUUACUUUCCUGCAUUGGUCAGAGAUCACUUAGUAAUAGUGGAGUCUUAGAAAGUCUGCUUAAUCUCUUGGAUAAUUUACUGUCACCUCUUCAACCACAGUUGCUUAUGCAUAGGAGGACAGAAGGAGUACUAGAUAUUCCCAUGAUCAGUUGGGUUGUGAUGCUGGUCUCAAGGUUGUUGGAUUAUGUGGCAACAGUUGAAGAUGAAGCAUCAGCAGCAAAGAAGCCUUUGAAUGGUAAUCAGUGGAGUUUUAUUAACAAUAGUCUGCAUACUCAGAGUUUAAAUCGGUCUUCCAAAGGCAGUAGUAGCCUUGAUAGAUUAUAUUCCAGAAAAAUCAGGAAACAGCUUGUUCAUCAUAAACAGCAACUAAACUUACUAAAAGCAAAACAGAAGGCAUUGGUGGAACAGAUGGAAAAAGAAAAAAUACAGAGUAACAAAGGAUCAUCAUAUAAACUUCUUGUGGAGCAAGCAAAGCUAAAGCAGGCAACAUCCAAGCACUUUAAGGAUUUAAUUAGACUGCGUCGGACAGCAGAGUGGUCCCGUUCUAAUUUAGAUACAGAAGUUACAACAACAAAAGAAAGUCCAGAGAUAGAACCACUUCCAUUUACUCUGGCUCAUGAACGUUGCAUCUCAGUAGUUCAGAAGCUUGUUUUGUUUCUCCUUUCCAUGGACUUCACGUGUCAUGCUGAUCUCUUAUUAUUUGUUUGCAAGGUUCUUGCACGAAUUGCAAAUGCCACGAGGCCAACUAUUCAUCUAUGUGAAAUUGUGAAUGAACCUCAGCUGGAAAGACUCUUACUGCUUUUGGUCGGAACAGACUUCAAUAGAGGAGAUAUAUCUUGGGGUGGUGCUUGGGCUCAGUAUUCCUUAACAUGUAUGCUGCAGGAUAUUUUAGCAGGAGAAUUGCUGGCUCCAGUGGCUGCAGAAGCCAUGGAGGAAGGAGCAGUCAGUGAUGAUGUAGGUGCAACAGCUGGUGACUCUGAUGAUUCCCUUCAGCAGUCUUCAGUUCAGUUACUGGAAACUAUAGAUGAACCUUUGACACAUGAUAUGACAGGUGCUCCUCCUCUUUCUUCUUUGGAAAAAGAUAAAGAGAUUGAUCUUGAGUUACUUCAAGAUCUAAUGGAAGUUGACAUUGAUCCUUUAGAUAUUGAUUUGGAAAAGGACCCACUUGCUGCCAAAGUUUUUAAGCCAAUAAGCAGUACAUGGUAUGAUUAUUGGGGUGCUGAUUAUGGGACCUACAACUACAACCCUUAUAUUGGAGGUCUUGGAAUACCUGUUGCAAAGCCACCAGCAAACACGGAGAAGAAUGCAUCUCAGACAGUUAGUGUUUCAGUGUCUCAGGCCUUGGAUGCUCGCCUCGAAGUUGGACUAGAACAGCAGGCAGAACUUAUGUUGAAAAUGAUGUCUACUUUGGAAGCAGAUUCCAUUUUACAGGCAUUAACAAAUACAUCUCCUACAUUGUCCCAAUCUCCUACUGGAACUGAUGAUUCACUUCUAGGGAGCUUACAGGCAGCAAACCAAACUAACCAGCUUGUCAUACAGUCAUCAUCUGUCCCAAUGUUGAAUGCUUGUUUUAACAAACUUUUCUCCAUGCUUCAAGUCCACCAUGUUCAGUUGGAGUCACUUCUCCAAUUGUGGCUCACAUUGAGCUUGAAUUCUAGUUCAUCUGGAAACAAAGAGAAUGGAGCAGAUAUUUUUUUAUACAAUGCUAAUCGUAUACCUAUCAUUUCAUUAAAUCAAGCAUCAAUAACUAGCUUCCUUACAGUGCUAGCUUGGUAUCCCAAUACUUUACUUCGGACAUGGUGCCUUGUGCUUCAUAGCCUAACGCUUAUGACAAACAUGCAGCUGAAUUCUGGUUCAAGCAGUGUCAUUGGAACUCAGGAGAGUACUGCUCACCUGCUGGUUUCAGAUCCCAACCUCAUUCAUGUCUUAGUGAAAUUUCUUUCUGGUACCAGUCCUCAUGGAACAAAUCAGCACAGUCCCCAGGUUGGCCCAACAGCUACUCAAGCUAUGCAAGAAUUUCUUACCAGAUUACAGGUGCAUCUUUCUUCAACCUGUCCUCAAAUAUUCAGUGAAUUUUUGCUCAAGUUGAUCCAUAUACUUUCAACAGAAAGGGGUGCCUUCCAGACAGGCCAGGGGCCUCUUGAUGCCCAAGUGAAGCUCUUGGAAUUCACUCUGGAGCAGAAUUUUGAAGUUGUUUCAGUUAGUACUAUUUCUGCUGUGAUAGAAUCGGUCACUUUUUUGGUGCACCACUACAUUACUUGCUCAGAUAAAGUAAUGUCUCGAAGUGGAUCAGAUAGCUCAGUGGGUGCUCGAGCAUGUUUUGGCGGACUCUUUGCCAACCUCAUUCGUCCAGGUGAUGCAAAAGCAGUUUGUGGUGAAACGACAAGAGACCAACUCAUGUUUGACUUGUUAAAACUGGUUAACAUUUUAGUACAGCUGCCUCUUUCAGGCAAUAGGGAAUAUAGUGCAAGAGCAUCUAUGACCAGCAAUACGACAGACAGUGUUUCAGAUGAAGAAAAAGUCUCAGGAGGCAAAGAUGGCAAUGGAAGCAGUACUAGUAUUCAAGGAUCACCCGCGUAUGUUGCUGACUUAGUGCUAGCCAAUCAACAGAUUAUGAGCCAAAUUUUGUCUGCUCUGGGCCUGUGUAAUAGCAGUGCCAUGGCAAUGAUCAUUGGAGCAAGUGGAUUACAUCUUACCAAACAUGAAAAUUUUCAUGGUGGGCUGGAUGCCAUAUCAGUUGGGGAUGGAUUAUUUACCAUACUGACAACUCUUAGUAAAAAGGCUUCUACAGUCCAUAUGAUGUUACAGCCAAUCUUAACCUACAUGGCCUGUGGGUAUAUGGGCAGACAAGGCUCUCUUGCUACUUGCCAGUUAUCUGAACCAUUAUUAUGGUUCAUUUUGAGAGUAUUGGAUACUAGUGACGCCUUAAAAGCAUUUCAUGAUAUGGGUGGUGUCCAGCUCAUUUGCAACAAUAUGGUUACUAGCACAAGGGCUAUUGUAAAUACUGCGCGAAGUAUGGUUUCAACAAUUAUGAAAUUUCUUGACUCGGGUCCAAAUAAAGCUGUUGACAGUACCUUGAAAACAAGAAUACUAGCAUCUGAGCCUGACAAUGCAGAAGGGAUCCACAACUUUGCACCUCUUGGGACCAUCACAUCUAGCAGUCCUACUGCCCAGCCAGCUGAGGUGCUUUUGCAGGCCACUCCACCGCACAGGAGAGCUCGCUCUGCAGCCUGGUCAUAUAUCUUCCUGCCAGAAGAGGCGUGGUGUGACCUUACCAUUCACCUUCCUGCAGCAGUACUUCUUAAAGAGAUACAUAUCCAACCCCACCUUGCAUCUCUUGCUACCUGCCCAUCCUCAGUAUCUGUUGAAGUAAGUGCAGAUGGGAUAAAUAUGCUGCCUUUAUCCACACCUGUUGUCACAAGUGGUCUCACCUACAUCAAAAUUCAGCUUGUGAAAGCUGAAGUAGCCUCUGCUGUCUGCCUUAGACUGCAUCGUCCACGAGAUGCCAGCACUUUAGGGCUUUCACAGAUUAAAUUACUGGGUCUCACAGCUUUUGGAACUACUUCUUCAGCAACAGUCAAUAAUCCCUUCCUUCCCUCUGAGGAUCAGGUAUCCAAGACAAGUAUUGGAUGGUUACGGUUGUUACAUCAUUGCCUUACUCACAUAAGUGAUUUGGAAGGAAUGAUGGCAAGUGCAGCUGCGCCAACUGCUAAUUUACUUCAGACUUGUGCUGCCUUAUUGAUGUCACCUUACUGUGGAAUGCAUUCACCCAACAUUGAGGUUGUGCUUGUAAAAAUAGGACUGCAAUCUACUAGAAUUGGCCUGAAACUCAUAGACAUUCUCUUGCGAAACUGUGCAGCAUCAGGCAGUGAUCCUACAGAUUUGAAUAGUCCUUUACUUUUUGGAAGACUGAAUGGACUUUCUUCUGACUCUACAAUAGAUAUUCUUUACCAACUUGGAACAACUCAGGAUCCUGGAACAAAAGAGAGAAUUCAGGCCUUGUUAAAAUGGGUCAGUGACUCUGCACAAGUAGCUGCUAUGAAGAGAAGUGGCAGAAUGAGCUACAUGUGCCCUAACUCUUCAGCAAUAGAAUAUGGUCUUCUAAUGCCAUCCCCGUCACAUUUGCACUGUGUAGCUGCAAUUCUGUGGCAUAGUUAUGAGUUGCUUGUGGAGUAUGACUUACCAGCACUGCUAGACCAAGAGCUCUUUGAGCUUCUUUUCAGUUGGUCCAUGUCUCUUCCCUGCAAUAUGGUUUUGAAGAAAGCUGUUGACAGUCUGCUUUGCUCAAUGUGUCAUAUACACCCAAAUUAUUUUUCUUUGCUCAUGGGCUGGAUGGGAAUUACUCCUCCUCCAAUGCAGUGUCACCAUAGACUGUCAAUGACAGAUGAUAGCAAAAAGCAAGAUCUGAGCUCUGCUUUAACAGAUGACUCGAAAUAUGCACAAGCACCUCCUGCACUAACUGAAUCGCACCUGGCCACCCUUGCAUCUUCUUCUCAGUCCCCAGAAGCUAUCAAGCAAUUAUUAGACUCAGGUUUACCAUCUCUUCUUGUGAGGAGUCUGGCUAGUUUCUGCUUUAGCCACAUUUCUUACUCGGAAAGCAUUGCUCAGUCUAUAGAUACUACCCAGGACAAACUCAGGCGGCAUCAUGCUCUACAACAGUGUAAUAAGAUGCCUAUCACAGCAGACCUGGUUGCACCUGUUCUUAGAUUUUUGACAGAAGUUGGCAAUAGCCAUACUAUGAAAGAUUGGCUUGGUGGUCCCGAAGUCAAUCCACUGUGGACAGCACUUCUGUUUUUAUUGUGUCACUCUGGUUCUACAUCUGGAGGGCAUAACUUAGGUGUACAGCAGACUAGUGCAAGAUCCACUUCACUUUCUUCAGCUGCUCCAUCAGGAUUGACCACUCAGCAACGGACAGCAAUUGAGAAUGCAACUGUCGCGUUCUUUCUGCAGUGCAUUUCAUGCCACCCCAAUAAUCAAAAACUGAUGGCACAGGUUCUCUGUGAACUAUUCCAGACAUCCCCUCAAAGAGGGAACCUUCCAACAUCUGGGAACAUUUCAGGGUUUAUUCGAAGAUUAUUUUUGCAGUUGAUGCUAGAGGAUGAAAAAGUGACAAUGUUUCUUCAAUCUCCUUGUCCACUGUACAAAGGCAGAAUUAAUGCCACUAGCCAUGUCAUCCAGCAUCCAAUGUAUGGAGCAGGCCACAAGUUCCGUACUCUUCAUUUACCAGUCUCAACUACAUUGUCAGAAGUUCUUGACAGAGUAUCAGAUACUCCUAGUAUCACAGCUAAACUCAUUAGUGAACAAAAAGAUGAUAAAGAAAAGAAAAACCAUGAAGAAAAAGAAAAAGUGAAGGCAGAGAAUGGAUUUCAGGACAAUUACAGUGUUGUUGUUGCCUCUGGAUUGAAAUCACAAUCUAAGCGUGCUGUGUCUGCUACACCACCUCGCCCACCAUCAAGGAGAGGGAGGACAAUGCCUGAAAAAAUAGGGAAUGCUUCCUCAGGAGCAGAGACUGCCAACAAAAUGAUUACUGUCCCAGUGUUUCACCUGUUUCACAAACUCCUGGCAGGCCAGCCGUUGCCUUCGGAAAUGACACUUGCCCAGCUCUUAACUCUCCUGUAUGACCGAAAACUUCCUCAAGGUUACCGCUCAAUAGAUCUGACUGUUAAGUUGGGUUCAAGAGUUAUCACAGACCCAAGCCUAUCAAAAACAGACUCAUUUAAAAGGUUGCACACUGAGAAAGAUCAUGGAGAGUUACUUGGAAGUUGUCCAGAAGAUGAGGCUCUGACUCCAAGUGAUGAGUCUAUGGAAGGAAUACUAGAUGAAUCUUUACUUGAAACCUGUCCAAUUCAAUCACCAUUACAAGUGUUUGCAGGAAUGGGUGGAUUAGCUCUGAUUGCAGAACGUCUACCCAUGUUAUAUCCAGAAGUUAUUCAACAGGUGAGUGCUCCAGUUGUAACAUCUACCACUCAGGAAAAGCCAAAAGAUAGUGAUCAGUUUGAAUGGGUGACCAUUGAGCAAUCAGGAGAAUUAGUUUACGAAGCACCAGAAACCAUAGCAUCUGAACCUCCACCUAUCAAGUCAGCAGUACAGACCAUGUCUCCUAUACCUGCACAUUCUUUGGCUGCCUUCGGAUUAUUUCUGCGCCUUCCUGGCUAUGCUGAAGUAUUACUGAAAGAGAGAAAACAUGCCCAGUGUCUUCUUCGGUUGGUUUUGGGAGUCACAGAUGAUGGAGAAGGAAGUCAUAUUCUACAGUCACCAUCAGCCAAUGUGCUUCCUACCCUUCCUUUCCAUGUCCUGCGUAGCUUGUUUAGCACCACACCUUUGACAACUGAUGAUGGUGUGUUACUGAGACGGAUGGCACUGGAAAUUGGAGCCCUGCACCUCAUUCUUGUCUGUCUCUCUGCUUUGAGUCACCAUGCCCCACGAGUUCCAAACUCUAACCUCAAUCAAACAGAGCCACAGGUGUCAAGUUCUCAUAACCCCACAUCAACAGAAGAACAGCAGCUAUAUUGGGCCAAAGGUACUGGCUUCGGCACAGGUUCUACAGCUUCUGGUUGGGAUGUGGAACAAGCUCUAACUAAGCAAAGACUGGAAGAAGAACAUGUUACUUGUCUUUUGCAGGUUCUUGCAAGUUAUAUAAAUCCUGUGAGUGGCACAGUAAAUGGAGACACUCAGUCAUCUCAUGAAAGCAGAGGACAGAACAAUAAUGCCCUUCCUUCUGUGCUUCUAGAACUUCUCAGUCAGUCAUGCCUCAUCCCCGCCAUGUCAUCAUAUCUAAGAAAUGAUUCAGUUCUGGACAUGGCAAGACAUGUGCCACUCUAUCGGGCUCUACUGGAAUUGCUCCGGGCUAUUGCUUCUUGUACAUCCAUGGUGCCCCUAUUGUUACCUCUUUCUACAGAGGAUGGUGAGGAGGAAGAUGAUCAAUCAGAAUCUCAAACGUCCGUGGGCACAUUAUUAGCCAAAAUGAAGACCUGUGUGGAUACCUACACCAACCGUUUAAGAUCUAAAAGAGAAAAUGCUAAAACAGGAGUAAAACCAGAUGCCUCUGAUCAAGAACCAGAAGGCCUUACUCUCUUGGUACCAGACAUCCAGAAGACUGCUGAGAUAGUUUAUGCAGCUACCACCAGUCUGAGGCAGGCCAAUCAAGAAAAAAAACUUGGUGAAUACUCAAAGAAGGCAGCUAUGAAACCCAAGCCAUUGUCAGUAUUAAAAUCACUGGAAGAAAAAUAUGUGGCUGUCAUGAAGAAAUUACAAUUUGAUACUUUUGAGAUGGUUUCUGAAGAUGAGGACGGAAAAUUGGGUUUUAAAGUUAAUUACCACUACAUGUCUCAGGUGAAAAAUGCAAAUGAUGCAAACAGUGCUGCCCGAGCCCGCCGCCUUGCCCAGGAAGCUGUGACGCUUUCAACCUCACUGCCUCUUUCAUCCUCUUCCAGUGUAUUUGUGCGCUGUGAUGAGGAACGACUAGACAUCAUGAAGGUUCUGAUAACUGGUCCAGCAGACACUCCUUAUGCAAAUGGAUGUUUUGAGUUUGAUGUCUAUUUUCCUCAAGAUUAUCCAAGUUCACCCCCUCUUGUCAAUCUUGAGACAACUGGUGGUCAUAGUGUGCGAUUCAAUCCAAACCUUUAUAAUGAUGGCAAGGUCUGUUUAAGCAUCUUAAAUACGUGGCAUGGAAGACCAGAAGAGAAAUGGAAUCCACAGACCUCAAGUUUUUUGCAAGUGCUAGUGUCUGUUCAGUCCCUUAUCUUAGUAGCUGAGCCUUAUUUUAAUGAACCAGGAUAUGAACGGUCUAGAGGCACUCCCAGCGGCACACAGAGUUCCCGGGAAUACGAUGGCAACAUCCGACAAGCAACGGUUAGGUGGGCAAUGCUGGAACAAAUCAGAAACCCUUCCCCUUGCUUUAAAGAGGUUAUACACAAACAUUUUUACUUGAAAAGAGUUGAGAUCAUGGCCCAGUGUGAAGAAUGGAUCGCAGACAUCCAGCAAUACAGCAGUGACAAGCGGGUAGGCAGGACUAUGUCUCACCAUGCAGCGGCUCUCAAGCGUCAUACUGCUCAGCUCCGGGAAGAACUGCUCAAACUUCCGUGCCCUGAAGGCUUAGACCCUGAAGCCGACGAUGCCUCGGAGAUGUGCAGCAGUGCCACAGCGGGUGCUGAGCAGACCCCACUGCAUGAUCAGAUCAGACCCAGCAGCAGUAAAGAGCUCCCCAGUGACUUCCAGUUAUGAGCUGCCUGGACAUGGACUUCUUAGACACAGAGGCUUUGAAGCACAAGCCAAAUAUGUCAAUAUUUGUAUGUAAGAAACUAAUUAUGUAUUAGGUAAUGAAAUUGAACCUAUACUAUGCCCUUAAGGAGAUCCAGUUUAUUAAUUCAAGGUGAUCUUUUAUUUUACCUGUACAAGAGUGUAAACUUUUUUGUGCUUUUAUUUUUUAAUUGUGAGAACCACUGAUUGGUAUGUUCAACAAAUUUGUGUAUACAAAGAAAUGGAUAAAUCACUGAUAUAUAAGGGAAACUACCUUAGGAAAGAAUGUUUACUGAAUGUUUAUUUUUUUUUUUUUACUGUAGAAUGAGGGGUUGUUAACAAAGAAUAUAUAUUGGUCAUUCUUACAACUACUAUUUAAAGUCAGCAACUUUUCACUGAAUUUGAUAGAUUUAAUGUUUGGCCAUAUCUUCAUGCUCAUAUUUUAUUUCUGAAGACAUACAUACACAUCAAUAAAAGUUAAAUGGACAUGUUCCCUCUUUUUUGAUUUACUCCUACAUUUUUAAAGUAAUAAAUCUGCCAUAAAAUACAUUAUAGCUGGAGACUUGCACUUGUAUGGAUGAAUUUAUUACAUUCAACAUAUUUAAUUUUAUGCCUUCUAAUUCUAAAAUGCAGUAAAAAAUAAAUGAACAUGAUUUUAUUCUAUGCCAACAUUUGGGCCUCUGAAUGUAUCUAUUAUUCAAAUUUAAGUAUAUGAAAAGAAAUGGUUAAUUUAAAAAACACUUUAAGCUGAUAUUUUCCCCCUAAAGGGCUCUUUUUUUUAAAUCUGAUUUUAUUACUAAAGUCACAUGUAUGUAUUAAACAUUGGGGCUCUGUAGAGCAGAGAGGAUGUACCCUCUGGUGCUGUUACAGUACAUUCUGUACCUGCCAUAUAGGCUCGUUUUCAUGCAAAUUCUUCCUAGAGCUAAAUAAAUAAAGACUUAGGUGUAUUAAUAUGUCUUGUUUCUAAAAA